CUGAAUAUAAAUGUUACAGAGAGGAAAUUAGGCUGGUUCUUUGAGGAGAUCAGCCAGACCUUGCAGUGAAUCUCACUGAGGAGCAGAUACCUGCACCAGCACUGUGCUUCAGAUACUAGUACAUGUAGAAGAAAAAUGGAAGUCAUCGAACUGGGAGAAGUUGACCUGAACUGUCCUUCCAACUGCCAAAUUCAUAAUACUAAUUUCUUCGGAACUGACAGACAGAUAAUAAGGAGAGGCCAAGCCUUCAGCUUCUAUGCUCACUUCCAGAAUCGAGAAUGGGAUGAUGCUGUGGACCAGGCCGUUUUCACAGUGGAGACAGGUAGUCACUCCCAAACUCUGUCUAGUCUUUCCCAGUCCUUUGCUGGCCUCAGACCCUGUGAAUCAAAUGAGACAAAAUGUACCUUCCCAAUGGGCAGAUGUCUAGAUCAAACCUGCUGGAGUGCUUCCUACAAAGUUCAUCAGCCAAAAUGCAUCAAUAUCAGCAUGUUUCCUCCCUCCAGUGCCUGCAUUGGCCGUUAUAUUCUCAAUAUGCAAAUCACAUCUUGUGGUCACACAUAUCAGCGAUGUCUUGGAGAUUUUUAUGUCCUUUUUAACCCUUGGUGUGCAGAUGACCCUGUGUAUAUGGACAAUCAGGCUCAUAGAGAAGAAUAUGUUCUGAAUGAACAUGGGUUACUAUAUGAAGGAGUUCACAAGCAUAUUACCUGUCGACCAUGGCACUUUGGACAGUUUGAAGAAGGGAUCUUGGAUAUCUGCUUGAAAAUCCUAGACAUGGGUGCGAGUUACCAUCAAGGCUCUGAUCGCGACCGCUGUUGGCGCAAUGAUCCUGUGCAUGUCAGCAUGGUGGUAAACCACAUGAUAUGCAGCCAUACCACUAACAGUAUCAUGAAGCUUCCAGAAAACAAUGAUUACCUGAAAGGAACAAAACCAUUUUCCUGGAAUGGAAGUGUCCCUAUUCUUCAGCAGUGGUACAAAGGCAGAUGCAGACCAGUCAGAUAUGGGUACUGUGGGCCUCUUGCUUCCGUAAUGUGCACAGUGAUGAGGUGUUUGGGAAUUCCAAGCCGUGUUGUCACAAACUUCUGUUUUCCAUGUUCAGUUGAGAAUCCCCUUGGUAUCAAUGAGAUUUUUGACUGUACUGGAAAAAACCUGUGUGGUAAAGACAAACUAUGGCGAUAUCACUGUUGGAAUGAAUCUUGGAUGGCUCGCAGAGACCUAAAUCAGUGCUGUGGUGAUUGGCAGUGUCUGGAUCCAACACCUUUAGAAACGGGCAGAGGUUCAGCUUGCAGUGGUCCUACAUGGGUUCGAAGCAUCAGAGAAGGGGAGCUGGACUUGGACUAUGAUGGUCAUCAUAUGUUUUCUCGAGUAAAUUCAAACUAUGUUGGCUGGCUUUCCCAAAACAAUGGCAAAAGAACAAAAUUUUUCUGUGAUGCUUGGCCAUGUGGACAACGUCUAAUCACCAAGAGUGUUGGCAGUGAGCUGUUCGAAGAUAUCACUGGGGCUUACAAGUAUGAGCUAGGUUCUGUGAAAAACAAAGAAGCCUAUUACCGGGCAUACAGAAGAAUUCAUCCAGGGUACUGCAAUGCUUCCAAUUGUCAUAUUGACAGAGAGUUAUCAUCUCUGCAAAACCCAUUUUUGAGUGAUUCUGGUAUUAACAUGAGGUUCAAGAUGGCUAACUGCCCAAUGUAUGGUGAAGAUGUCCAGCUGCACUGGCUGCUUGAAAAUCUGCGUAGUGAAAACAAAAACCUGAGGUUCAAUUUGAGUGCACAAAUAGUAACCUACAGUGGUUGCCCAAUGGAUCAAUUUUGGAAAGACACUGUGACUGUCACGUUGGGUCCAAGGGAAGUGAAAAAAAUUCCGCUAUGUAUAUCAUAUAGCCAAUAUGGACCUCAUCUCUGUGAUCACAACAUUAUGAAACUAGUUGCUGUCUCAGACCCAGAGUGUGGAGAAGUUCUGAUGGUGAGCAGGGAUAUCGUGGUCAACAGGCCACCUGUUAUUGUGAAGCUACUGAGCCAGCCCAGGCUGAAAGUACCAUGUACUGCAGAGAUCUCCUUCUGCAAUCCUCUCCAGGAAGAUAUGAAGAACUGUGUAAUGACAUUAGAAGGCUGUGGUUUAUUCAAAGAGCCGAUGACCAUUGAUUUGGGAAUGCUGGCAUCCAACCAACAAGCACGAACCAUCGUGGAGUUCACACCUUACAGGCUUGGCAGCCACCGGCUCCUGGCCAACCUUGGAUGCCACAAGUUUUCCUAUUGCAAGGGAUGCGCUAAGGCGGAAGUGUGUAGUCCUGUGGGCCAGAACAGCGCCCCAACUGCCAGCCAGAAUGGGUCGCUCCCGGUGUGUGAGAAUGGCUCUGUUCCCACAAACAGCUCUGGGCCUGCCCCUGUGGUGGACCCUGGGUUCAACUCAAUGUGUGAAUAUAUAUGUAUCCCAGUGUGCAACCCCAACUGCAGUGCAGGGGGCCAGCCUGUAUAUGACUUUGUGUACCUCCCUGCGGGCCAUCCCUUAUGCAACUCCAUCUGCAACCAAGGCUUCAAUCCAAGUGUCAAUCCUGGUUUUGAAGUAGGAGGUGAUCCUGGCUUCCGUGUCAUAUGUGAGACUGUGCCUCCAGCUACGUGUGCCCCGAUGCCUUCAUCUGCGUAUGGCUCCAUGCCUGCCCCAACAUCCAACCCUGUGUGUGCCCCUAUGCCUCAUGUGGUCUUCGAGACAGGUUCUGCUCCUGCACAGCAGGCUGGAGGUGGAGCGGGGCCGAUGUCCUACUCUGUCUCCGUCCCUGCAAAUAAUGCGGUGAGUGCCCUGCUGUCCCACUUCAUGGUUGGCUCCAGUCCUGCUGUGGCAACUCAGGCAGUCCCUACCCAUAUGGCUGCUCCAUCAUCCCACCCAGUGUGCACUCCAGUAGUCCACACUGUUGGCAGUCCCAUGACGCCACCAGCUCCUGUUGUAGUGCCUGGUGCCUCCAUCUCGCAUGUUGUCCUUGGCUCUGCGCCCUCUCCCACUGCCCAGGCUCCAUGUGGUCCGACAGCAAACCUGCCCUCCCAACCCCUGAGUGCUCCGACACCUCACGGCAUGUGCUCUCCAGCCCCUCGUCCCGUGGGACCCCCAGCAGCCCAUUCGCUGUGCUCUCCAUCCCCUCGCCCAGUGGGACCCCCUGCGUCUCAUUCACUGUGUUCCCCUACCUCAGUCUCCCUGGGUGCUGCAGGGUCCCGUCCCAGCAGCUCACCUGCCGCUUGCCCUGAGGACUCUUUGGCAGCCUGCCCCCCAUGCCCCCCGGCCCCACGCCCUCUGGCAGCUGGCACAGCCCGCUCCCUCUGCACCCCCGUCUCUCGCUCUCUCUCUAUGGUCGUGGGCACGUCGGGGUCUCGCUCAGUGUGUGGGCCUCAGUGGGGCCCUUCCCGUAAUACCACAGCUCGUUUAGGCUCCCAGUCCACAUGGACGAGCACCUCCCACUCAGCAUGGAGCUCCACGGGGCGCUUGAGCUACUCCCCUUUGUCCCGCACUGCCUAUGGCACACUCACACGUCCUCCAUACAGCUCCUUGUCCCGCUCCUCCUACACCUUGUCCCGCUCCGCCUACAACACGCUGCCUCGCUCCACCUCUCCUUCUCCCUAUGCCACCCUGCCCCGCUCUGGAUCACGCCCUACCAGCAGCAGCACCCUAGCCCACACCGGGUCCCGCACGCCCUGGAGCCCCAGCAGGAGCACUCUCACCUACUUCAAACGCAAAUAUCUGUAGUGGAAAGUAACCUGGCAAAAAGCCAAAGCCAGUGAAUUAAAGCCCGUGCGCAGAACCUUUGAAAGAGGUUAGAAAUAGGGUGAUGGAAAGCAGCGCGCAUAAUCCUGAGUGUUUAUCCACGUAUUUGAGAUGUGCCAGAAAGCAGGCUGCUAGCUGACCACUGAGGGAUGCAUUUGAUGUGAUACUCAUAGGUCUUGAGAUACGGUACCGUGAAAGUGACAAAUGAAUGUGCUCCCCACGGAGCCAUAGUGACACUAGUUGCACAGCGCAGGUAAUCGGACUUACUUUCUCGGUCAAGCUGUUUUAUAAAUGAUGCAGUUUCACUCUCUCUUCUCUUCAUUUAUUGGAAUACGUGUUUCUCAGAUCUCCCUGGGUUGCAGUACUUACACCAAAUCUCUCUCCCUGCAUGUAGUGUGCUGUCCUUGGGAUACUGCAAAGAGAUGGCAGCAGAACUGCAUCACAUCUCACCUAAUAGACAUUGGGGUCCUGAGUCCCCAGUACUGUUGUGGCUUGGGUCAGUUCUGCAUGCAGUCAUAUUUCCUUAGUUAUGAGGCAAUGAAAACUGUUGAGGUCAUGGAGUAACUAAAGCAUUAUCAAUCAACUGAAGAUUUUUUUUUUUCUUUUUAUUUUCUUUUUUUUUCUCCUUUUUCUUUUUUUUUUUGGUAAUUAAAAAAAAAAAAAAGAAAAAAAUUAGUAUUCCUACUCUUGCUGUAUUGCAGUUCCAGUAUCAGGAAUCCAAAGGUCAGGUUAAAAAGGCUGCAAAGUUGAUGAACAAUUACUACUACUUUUUUACUUUUUUGGCUUUCAUAACUGAAUGUUGUUCAUGUAGCACAUUCCAAAGAUUUUCUCAUAUUUUUUGCAUGCAUUUAGAUUAAUGGAAAAAGCUCCAAUUGCAAGUCUGUGCCGUUUUGAUUCAGUAUAGCUAUGAAACUUCUGUCGUUAGACCUGAUGACAGUAUCAGUUCUUUCCAACAUCAAGCCCUCCCAACUGAAAGGUUAAGAAGGUGAAUGAAAAUGUAUUAUGCCUUCUUGAGAUAAUUGGUAGCAUUUUGAUGCUAACCUUCUCCUAGUGCUCUAGGAAUUGACAUCAUACAUUGUCAUAAUAGAACUGUCCCUGAAUUUUGGAUUUUCUCACAAGAAUUUUGCAUUUACUGACAACACCUCCUGUCCCUCUGUUAUUUUCCUCUAGUGCCCUGUUAUUUUUAGUAGCAAGUGUUAGUGGGGUUUUGUAGUAGGAUAAUUUUGCUGGUGCUGCAGAAUUUUCAGUCAUGUAGCAAUCGUAUUUCAAUAGUAUCACUGUAGUUCACACCCCUUUGCAUUUUGAUGAGAUUGAGUAACCUCCUGGGGAUUUUGAAAAGGUGUGGUGUCAGGUGGUAGCUAUGAACAUGCCAUCACUAUCAGCUAAGUAGCAAUUCUGAGUAUGGUAGAAUAAAUAUUUGCCUGGAUAUUGUAGAAGAGUGGUCAUAACUCAGUGACUUGUUUUUUAUGCAUUUUCAAUAGUCUCUGUUAGGUAAUUGCUAAGAAUUUGUUUGCCUGACUGAUAAUAAAAAUAGAAAUUUAAAGAA